AUGGGUGUGGCGCCGAAACCGUUGUUUUGCGGCAAAUGUCAGAAGAAACGUGGAACCGGUAUGAAAGUGAUGGCUGCCAUUCGCCACCGCUUUUCCUCGUUUUCCAAAGUUUUUUUGGGAAGCGAUUAUCGGCGGGAAUGAACCUUUGUACCGGAAAUGGGCUUCUGGAGAAGUGAAUUGGUUCUGGUUUAUGGCUUGAUUUAUAUUUAUUUGAUGACACCGCAUUUUUGAAUAUUCCUCUGGAAACUUGGAGAAACUUUCAAGAGACUGAUUUUGGCGGGAAUUACAGUGAAGAUGUUGUUCUAUAGUCAAUUUUUUCCGACUUGACAUGGGCAGGGGGCGGGACGCGUAGCUUGUGCGUACGCGGUUCUUGGCACGCGUUCAAUUUGAGCCUUAGGAACUAUUUAAAAAGCUCGAUCACCGCUCUUUUUCUAUAUUUUCUACUAUUAUUUGAUGCGCGUAUGAAAAAAAUCAAUAAAUAAUUGAAAAAGAAGUGAAAAGAGCGUUAAAUGAGCUCUCCAAAUAGUCGGAGGUGAUUGAAUUGAACUCGUGCCAAGAACCGCGUACGCACACGCUACGCGUCCCGCCCCUUGUCCCACCUCCCUCGCCUUUCAAGUCGGGAAACAUACAUAUGUAAUGUUGGUUAAAAGCCAAUGAGGCAUUUUUCAAUCUGAUUUUUUUCCUCAAAAUGUGUAUUCAGACGAUUUUUUCUUUUUUUUUAAAAUUAGAAACAUGAACCGAUUAGAAGCCUUAAAGUCAUCUUUUAAAAACGGAAGCUGUCAAAAUCCAUUUUCGUCGAGUUUUGAAAGAAGAUUUCAAUGUUUUCUGCAAAUAAUGAUCAUUAUAAACUUUUUUCUUUUGUUCAAUUUUUGAACAUGAUACCGUGUCCAAAGUAAUUUCCGCGAAAUGCAAAAUUUACUCUGAGCCUCCAAAUUUUAGUUAUCUUUUUCUUUUUCUGAUGGCUAUUUGGAAUAACUUUGAACACGGUAUGAUUUUUUGAAUAUUUCUGCUGACCAGCUCAAUUUUGAGCUUAUCCAGUUCCUUUUUGAAUUUUUAUAUCGAUAUUUGCUCUUUGUCGGGAAUUUUUUUGAAAUUUUUUUCGGCUUUUAAACACGAAGAAAAAAACCGCGAUGUGAGUUUUUUUAUAGGAUGAGAGAAUUAGGCUUUUUUUUUGAACUAUAUAAUCAAUUUUUGAACCAUAUAUUUUUAUUCUUUCUAAUUUACAAGCUUUCGUAUGUCAAUCCUUUCAACGUUUUUUCUAUUUUUUAUCGAAACUGAACAAAAAAAUCAUUAAAAAUUGAUAGAUUCUUUCAGAGCCUCCGGCUGUCAAGGUCUACAUCAAGCCGUUGGAGGUGACGGUGCCGACCGAGGACCAGGAAAAGAAAGAAGCGAAAAGCGCAGAAGAACCGCCGCCACUCCCCGAGCAGCAACCCCCGAAAACCUACUGGUCGACGAUGACGUCACGCAUCGAGACUGAAACUUCCGUCAAACGGUGGUCGAUUCCGCCGGUUCGCACCGAGGAAGGGAUCCCUCCAGGGCCGGUCAGUUCUGUCUGAGGAUCAAGAACUCCAUAGUGAUCCCUAUAGGGUUAACUUCAGGCUCUUCUAGGGACCUUAUUCACCUGUCCCUAUGGGGGCCACUAAAGCUUGCAUAAGUGGUCCCUAUAGGGGUUUUAGUUAGUAGUGGCCCCUAUAGUGACAUGGUUGUUACUAAAACGUUGACUUCCUAGUUUUCGAGUCUGAACCACUUCAGGGACCACUUCAGCUUUAGGGGAUUCGAGGUUAGACCCUGAGCCCCUACAGGGACCACUUAAAUUUUAAAUCUAUAGGGACCUCUAAUAUUUCCUUUAUAUAGGCCGUUUUUUUCCCAUUGUCCCCUACAGGGGCCACUCUGGCGUUUUGUGAGCCCUAGAAAAAAACAAAAAAACAGAAUUUUUUUCGAGCCGAUUUUUUUCCCGCAGGUCCGGGUGUCUUGAUAAAUCAAAUCUGUAGUUAUAAAAUUUUCCUUUCGAAACCGAGAAAUGAUGUAUUUUUUCCAGGAAGACCGGCCCACGACCAAAGAAGGCAAGGAAAGCGAAGGAAGGGUUCAGGCGAUCACGCCGAAUUACAAGCUUGGCGAGGAAACGCCGGUGAGUUAUGGGGGACCAGUUGGGGCUCGAUUCGGGAGAAGUAAUUGGCCCUUUUCCACUCUUAACCUUAUUUUUAUAUACACCUUUUUCACAGCUUUAUGCUUUGAAAUAGGCAAAAACUGGUUUGAAAAUGGUUAAUUCCACCUUUUUUGAAAAAAACUGUGUCAAAAACCUCUGUUUUUCAUUCUUAGAAACGCCGGAGUGGUCCCUAUAGGGGUUAGGAAAAAAGCAGCUCUUCUAGGGUUGAAAUUUAAGUGGCCUCUAUGUAGGGACCGCAGACGAAUUUUCAAAAAAUUUUUCGAACUUCAAUAUUACUAUGGUUGGAUAGCUGCUCUAAUUUACUAUUCAAAACAGUUUAGUUUUUCGAAAAAGGUUGAGAAAAAAAAAAGUUAUGGUCAAAACAGUAGUGAAAAAAGUCGCGAAAUUCACUAAGAAUAACUGACGAGAUAAACGCGAGCUCGGUGGCGGUACAUUGACUAACUCGCAAAAAUGUCGCUUUUUUCUAGGCGCGAUCCCGCAUUUAUCUCGGCGCGACCUCGCAUUUUUCUCGGCGCCAUCUCGCAUUUAUCUUGCAUUUCGGAAAUUUUCAAAUUGCGAGAGAAAUGCGAGCUCGCGCCUAGAAAAAUGCGAGCUCGCGCCCAGACUAAUGCGAAACCGGCGCGAGAAAAAAAGCGAGAUGUUUGCGAGCUCGUCAAUGUACCGCCAGUGUCUCGCGUUUAUCUCGGCAGUUAUUCUUAGUGUUUAGUACUGAUAGUUUAGAUUUUACACUUUUGGUCGUUCAUUUUUGUUUUCAUAUCGGAUUUAAAUUUUUUUAGUAGUUUAGUUUGGUUUUCAAAGUCGUAAUAACACUAAGAAUAACUGACGAGAUAAAAGCGAGGUCGGUGGCGGUACAUUGACGAGCUCGCAAACAUCUCGCUUUUUUCAAGGCGCGAUCUUGCAUUUCUCUCGGCGCGACCUCGCAUUUUUCUUGGCGCCAUCUCGCAUUUAUCUCGCACUUCGGAAAUUUUCAAAUUGCGAGAGAAAUGCGAGCUCGCGCCCAGAAAAAUGCGAGACCGGCGCGAGAAAAAAAGCGAGAUGUUUGCGAGCUCGUCAAUGUACCGCCAGUGUCUCGCGUUUAUCUCGGCAGUUAUUCUUAGUGAAGUCAUUAAAACAGUAUAAAACCACAAGUUUGAAAAGAAAAGCUAUUUUUUCUUGAAAAAUAAAAAAAAAUGGCCGCUGCGAGGAUUGAACUCGCGAUAUCAAAACUGUAUGCAAGGGCACUUGCGCUGCUCCACGUCCAUCCCUCGGAGAUGGGAGGCGUUCGCGCUAUACACCACUUCACCUCAAAGUACAGCAUUUACCGUCUGUUUUGUUUUUAAAAAAAGUUAUGAUAGUUGAACAAUUAUUAGUCACGUGUGUUCGGAGCACCUAAAAAAAUAAUUUAUUCAUAGAGAUUCAGUUCGAAAUGCUUCCGUUUUUCGGUGUUUUUUUGUUAUUUUAAACGUUGGCUUCAAGUUAACAAUAAUUAAACUUUUAGGCACCGCUAAAGUUUUUUUAUUUUAUUUUUUUAAUUGAUUGAAAAAUUGAGAUACGCUAAUAUUUAAGAAAUAAAAAAGGCGCCAACGACAUCUAACCAUGUUAAAAAUAAAUUUCGAAAUUUUUCACUGUCUUUUUUCUCAGAAAACAAAGUUUUUCGGAAUAAGUUUUAUAUUAAUAAAAUUUGAGUUACAAUUUAAUCCACAAGUUAAAAUGAAAAAUUUUUUUACUUACACGCUCUCGAAAGCGAGUACAACAUUUUCAACUUUGCGCGGCCUCACGAAGAUUAGGCACCGUAAAAAAAUUUUUAAUUUUUUUGUCUUAAAAAGAUUUGUUUUUUUCACUUAAGAAUCGAAUUCAAAAAAAUAAAAAAAGGCGCCAACGACAUGGAACUAGGUUAAAAAAACCCGAAGAAAAAAAGUAGUUUUGGUUUUUUUGUACGACACUCCGCUAAAACGCUUCGAAAAUCGGAUGAAAAGUAUAUGAGAUUGAAGAGGAAGGUUUUCUCUAUGUUUCCACCAAAUUUCUCUGUGUUUGAUCCAGUAUUGCGCUUUUACGAAAACAUCAAACACGAAAUCUAAAAAACCAGUGCAUUUCACCAUCGCAAAAAGGGGCGUGGCUCUGCGGUCUCUACCUCUAUGAGGGUCUGGGUCAUGGAAAUUUUCUUCUCAUAGAGUUCAGAGUAAAAUCCCCUAGAGUGGCCACUUUUGCAAGCUUCAGGCUCUCACAAGGGGAGCUGAAGUGGUCCCUAAAGGGGAACCAUCUGAAGCCCCUAUAGGGACCGCUCUAGCGUUCCGAAGUACCUUUUCAUUUUUAUUCUUAACUUUUUUUCAAAAAAAGUCAGUCGUGAUUUUCACGAGUUUAUUAUGAGUAUAAUCCAAUGAAAAUUUUUCAUUUUUAUAUAUUUUAUCACAUCUUUUUUUCUUAAGUCACUCUCCUCUUUCUAGUUGCUUAUAAAAAAAUUUCCAGAAGCUUGAAAAAUUUAUUGUGUGUUUCAAAAUGAACGUGUUUCAAAAGGAAUUUAAAAACCAAAUGUGCAAAUUUUUCGCUUUUAAUCUGUUUUACUUUUUGUGGAAAAAUACCUUUUUUUUCUUCUGAAAUUAUAGGAAUUUUAUUCAUUUUCAUUCUGACUCCAGUUAGUCUUCUUGUAGUGAAAUGACGAGAAAAAAACCGGAAAAAUUUUGCUCAAAUCAAGUUUUAUUCAUGAAGUUUCUUCUUAAGAGAGAAAAAUAUUUUUUUCUAUUCGCUCUAUUUUUAGUUUAGUAGAUUUUAUAAAAUGGAGAAACAUUGGAAAAACAUUGGACAAAAAGUUUUCUUAAUAUUUACAAGAAGCUGAAACAGGAAUCUGAGAAAAAUGUUUUUUUAUAAAUUCAUUUUUCUCAGCGCCGAGAGCUGAACUUGGGCCGCUCGGGAUAUUUGCCCAACGAGUCGGGCGACUACAAAAUGAGCAUGCGAAAGGAAGAUUAUAAGCUCACCGUUAUCGAUCCAAAGGUAUUUUUUCCUUUUCUUCGAUUAAAUAAAAUAACUUCAGGUGCGCUCCAACGCCAACAUGCCCUAUUUGUCGACGACUUUGCCCGACGCGAAACGGCAAAUCGCCGGGGAUUUCCCCAGCGAACACAGCAAAAGGAGUCAGAUCAAGCUGGAGCCGUUGGAACAGCGCCGCUUCAAGGUGAUUGGCGUCGGAAUAGUCCCUAGUAUGAGCAAUAGUGAGCUGAAAUGAGGAUUGAUAUUUUUGAAAAAUGAACUUUGAAUUUUGAUUGAAAUCAAGGUUAUUUUUUUGAAAAAAAAAAUUCCUUGACAUGAGCAACAGUAAGUCAAAUUAAGGCUUGAAUUGAGAUGAAAAUAAUUUUUGCAAGGGAAAUCUGUAAUAUGAGCAACACUGAGCUAAAAUGAGGCUUGAAAAUUAUGAAAGUUGUGAUUUAAAACUUUACAACUUCUAAAGGAAUUUGAUUGAAUUCAAGGUAACUUUCGCCAGAACAAAAAUCACUAACAUGAGCAAUAAUGAGCUAAAAUGAAGCUUGAUAUUUUUGAAAGUUGUGAUUUAUAGCUUUACAACUUCUGAAGGAAUCCGAUAGAGAUCAAAAGAAAUUUUUAGAAAAAAAUUUCCCUAACAUGAGCAAUAUUGAGCCAGAAUGAGGCUUUGUUUUUCUUUACAAAUUAGAAUUCAAAUAUUUUUUUCAAAAUUUGUGUUCUAUGGGGUUUUUUUGAAAAAAAGAGGAAAAAUUCUGUUAUAAAAAAAUAGAUAAAAAAAUAAAUAUCAAUGUUCUUCAUGGAUCUCCUGAUCUCGAAACUGUUGCUUUUUUUUACUGUUUCAAGAAUUGUACUUACUGAUAAUUUCUUAAAUUCUCAACUGUUUAUAUCCUUUUAAUGGUCAUAACUUCUUUGAAAUAUAAUUACUGUUUCAUGUCUUGUAAUUAGCUAUGACGAAUGUUUCUGCAUAAUUUUAUUUUUAUCGAACACAUCCCAGAGCACCGAGUCGCGUCCAAUCACCACGAGCAGCUAUCUAACGGAGAGCGUCGAGCGACAUCGCGACAUGGAAGCUUCGCGACUUCGCGACUAUCUCAAGGCCAAGGAGGGCGACGCGAACAAGCCUUGGGACAAGCCCGGAUGGCCCGGACCGAAGGUUUUCUGGAGAAGUUUUGGGAAAUCUCUAAAUCUUCAACUUUCAGAAGUCAGCCGAUGAUGAAAGUCUUCGAGAGCUUGAAACUAUCAAACAGGUGGGGAUUUUGGUAGUUUCCUAAGUAUUCUGAAGUGACCUCUUCAAUUUGAUCCGCAUCGCUCUCCCUCGAAUUUCUCAAAGGGGUCACUUAAGAGGCUCAUCAUCAAGUACUUAGAGAGGAUCACUACAAUGGCCACUAGAAAAAAUUCUAUAGAGCCCACAAUUUUGCGUUUUAAUGGCCACUUCAGUAGUUUUUCAUCCAGUAGUCCUUCCAGUAACUAUGAUAACUUUAAAACAAACAAAUUGAACCAGUUAUGUUGAUCCGUUGACCCCUAAAGCAGCCACUAAAAUUCUUAGCGGUCUAGUAGUGGCACUUAGACCUCUAUAGUGGCCACUAGAUUUCAACCCCUUAAGUGGCCACUAAUUUGACUACUAUAGUGGCCACUAAAACGUCAAAACCCUAUAAUGGCCACUAAAAAUUUUCCCAGUGUUCGAAAAAUCAUAGUGAGCACUUAAGAGGCUCCUCAAGGGCUUCUUAGAAAGGAACACUGAAGUGGCCACUGUAACUAUUAAGCGUUUCAGUGGCCACUCUAGUAGUUUUUAGUGAUAUAGUAGUAUCACUUAGACUUCUUAAGUACCCAUUGAACCCUUUAAAAAUUGUUCUUUAGCUUCUUAGUGGCCACUAUAGUGUUUUUAGCAGUACCAAGUGGCCGGAAUUCGGCUCUUAAAGUGGCCACUUAAAUAUUUUUCCAGUUGGUUUGAAUUUUUUAGUUCUUAUUCUGGAAUCAGAAGGUCUUGAAGUACUUACGCAGCCAAAAUUUUCAGAAUUAAAGAGAAAAUUUGCCUUGAAAUUGAUGAUUUUCUUCAAAAUUCCUUCAUUUUUAGAGAGUCGAGACGCUGAAAAGGGUAAGUGAUCUCAAAAAGUGUCCUAACCGUAGUCGCACCGUUGUCCCGUAA